CCGUCGUUCAUCUCUGCCCCUCCUUACCCCUUAUCACCAAUCUCUCCUUUACUCUCCUUCGCUAUGGCUCCAGCUCGCUCUUGAUCUCCCCUGCUUUUCCGCCACUGUCGCCGCAUCACAGCCACUGCUUGAUCCCGUAGAGAUCGGUUAAUUUCUUUGGUCACCAUUUGAGGUUUGAGACUCUUCCUGCUCCGCUCCGCCCUUGCCUGUUGGCUGUCAUCCCCGACUGGAGCUGCUGCGGGUGGGAGUGCUGGCUAAUCGAAAACACGUUUCAACUGAUCGGUGGCUGUGGAUCCAGUACUCAUUCCUGAGCUUCGGGUUUCUGUUUGUGUGUUGUCUGAUCACUUUCGCCACUGUUGUCUAUCUCCACCGCCACCACGCUAACACUCUUCUCUUGCCAGAGUUCACCUAUGAAGAACUCGAAUCCUCCACCGUUCACUUUGGCCCAAUCCGAAAGAUCUGUAUAUCAUUGGGUGAGACCAAAGAGAUGGAAGGGCAUUACAGUCACCUCUCCAACAAAAUUCCUUCUCCUUGGUUUAUGUCCCAAAAGCAAAGCGGAUGAACACAUUGAAAUGGAGGGAGUAUAACAAUUAAUUUCAUAUUCCUUGAAAUCAAAAUGGCUAAAGACAGGAAGCAGUGGAAAUUUAUCAUGUGAACCUUUUAUACCUAGCUAAGGAUGUUAAUGCUGCCAUGGAGGCAUCCAGAAGAGCUCAAAAUGCAUUUGCAGCUGCUAAUAUUAUAUUCGAAGAGGCUCAAAAUAUGGAGGCUAUCUCAUCUGUUAAAAGAGUUAUUGAUUUCAGCUUCCAGGACGUAGAGGAGCUUACACGUUUGGUGCGACUUGCAAUCGAGGCCAUCAACCGUCAAAGUAUUGGUGGAAAUAGAUAAGACAACUGUGUAUAUAGUCUACUCCUUGAACAAGCAAGCUUGUUAAUGCAGGAUGUGAUCCUGGAAUUGCAUUUUGCAGUUGGUGAAGAUGCGUGCAAUUAAGUGCUUGCUAUCCUUAUGUACAUGUGUACAAAGCAGGAUUGAUUUCUAUUAUCCUAAUUUUUUGAGUAUUCGGCUAUUUACUAUUCCCGUAUGACGAGGACAUACUGCGAUCAACCUGAGAUUUAUUGGUUGGGGGGGGGGGAUGUAUAAUUUAUGCUUGUUCAUGGACAAGGGCAGAUUUCAUGUAAGAUGCAAUUUUGAAACUAGUUUUGUUUUGGUUAGGAUUUUGAGAAAAUAGGAUUAUAGAGACCUAGAAAGCUUAGGUGACAUAUGUCGAGAAUCGAGAAUACAGUUCCAAUGUAGAUUGAACGAUCCAUUCUUAGCAUAGAUAUAAAUGCUUUGAGGCCGUUUACAUCCUCCAUUCUUUAUCAAAAGUUGAAUAUACUUCCUGGUUCCAUAUACUUUGGUGGUGGUUUUGGUUCCAAAAGGUCACACACACAAACACACACACAAACAUAUAUAAUGGAGAUGAUGCCCUUCAUGCAACAAUGUUUCAGUUUGCAUACUCUGUCCCACAAAAAGGUUCCAUGAUCGAAUCGGUCCUCUUAUUAAGAAAAGUGGAACUGUGUGGUUCAAAGUGGUGUAAGGAGAAAAUUUGAGAAUUAAUAUGAGCCACAUGAAGUUUUCCGUAAAUGGAAAAUGGAACCUUUUUGGGAUGAACAAAAAAGUAAAUGUGGAACCUUCUUAUGGGACAAGAGUAUAAUUUUACAGGGAUAUUGCCUCAGGUAUGUAAUUCAAUAUACGGAGUAUAUUUUAGGUUGUGCAAUGAAGGAUGAAAAAUGGAAUAUCAUGUCAGGCCAUCAUUUUUCCAGGUGAAUAUUGUGUUUAAAUUUUGUGCUUCUGAUAUGACUCCAAACAGGCUUGGCUUGGUUGUCUCAUUUGGAUGUGCAAUUAAUUGCUGCCAUACCAGUAUGCCACAAAGUAAGUUGCCUAAACUUUGGCACUAUAUAUUUAUGCUUAGGUGGCCUCUAUUUUAUUGACAAUUGCACUAUUUUUGACCAAUGCUUCGUUUGGCAGUAAUUGCCAACAUGGCAACAACAACAACAACAAACCAGCCUUAAUUCCAAAUGACUUGGGCAUGCUACACGCCUACAUUAGCAAGUAUUAAAUAUUGGGAGGUUAUCCACAAAGAUCUUCGUUUCUACUUUUUUCUUACAUGGACUUAGAGAUCUUGUCAUUGAGGAUUACCUCUCCCGGGCAGAUUGGACAUAAUAAUCUCCAACCAUUAGGGCAAUACCUAAUCUCAAAUCACUAGGGUCCGCUACAUGAACCAAUAGAGUAUAUGUGGAGGUUAUCAAGUAGUGUCUUCAAUAUCCACUAUUUUCUGUCAUGUACUUAGAGACCUACUCAACAGGGAUAACAGUCCAAUGCAUCAAUGUCUUUAUACUUACACCUUUAGUCAAUGUUAUUUUCAGGACUAUCCUUGCUGGCACUUACCUUCCAGAGGCAAAUUAGUCAUUUCUCCUUCACUUCAGUAGUCAGUAUGCUCACAUUCAUGCAAAUCACAUUUCUGGAAACUCAAUCUUUCAAGCAGUACCGCACAUCUAUCUUAACACACAUCUCCACUACACUCAUCUACUUUAUUAGAUUUUUCUCUAUAGCCCAACAUCAAAAUCUAGAGUAAAGCAUAUGAUAGUGGUUGCACAGAACUACAGUCUUAGAGUUUUGAAAACAUUGCCUCCACCCCUAGAAGAUCCUCCCCCCUAUUUAAUGUUCUCAUUUUUUUUACAUGAAUUCAAAGAAUAUGAAGUUGCGAUGUUGAAAUUUAUGUAGAAAUGAAAGAAUUAAUAUAGACCACAAUUCUUUCCUUAAAGCAAAAAUGAAGAUUAAUUAGGGACGACAUAGAAAGUAAAUGGGGAAAAUAAGAAGGGGGUGGAUGGAGUUAUAUAUCUCGGAUACAAGACUUAUAGGUAAUUCUUUUCCAUCUAAGUUCUCUCCACUAUGUUUUUAAAUUUUUGACUGGGCUAAGAGCUUGUUCUCUUCAACUUAUUCUUUAUACUUAAGGAGUAUUACUUAUUCUUAUUGGAAUCAUAUCAUAUCAGAAAAAGCUUUAAAUAUAACUAUAAUCAGAUCAUAUCAGAAAUAACUUUAAACAUAACUAUAAUCAGAUCAGAUGAGAACUUAAUCGAAUUAGAUGAGAACCAAAAAGAUAAGUUGAAGAGAACAAGCCCCAAGUUCACAGUUCAAAAUUUUUAUUUUACACUUAUCCUAGACCUUCAUGAUUCUAACUUUCAUCUCAAUAUUUCCAACAUACAUUAUACUCUUCUAUGGAUUCAUCACCAUUUGCAAUCAGCAUACAUUGAUAAAUUGAUAUCUUGCAGUUGUUGUUUACUUGUCCUAAACCUAAUCAAACAAGCCUAGUAUAUCCCACUCAAGAGUAGCACACCAAAGUAUUUCCUAGGCACCUAUCGUAGGGUUUUCAAGUGAAAUGUGAAUGCUAUUUUUGUUGCACCAUGAGACCUUCACGUGGUGAUAAACGUGUACGCCCCAUUUUCAAGCAUCUCAAUGGAUUCUACUUUUGCUGCAGUGGAAGUGUUGUCUAUAUCUCUUCAUGGUUUGACUACUCUUAAUUCCUCAUUUUUACUAGGCAUCAAUGUACAUAAGUGAAAAAAAUGUCAUUUUUGUCACCAUAUCUGCUAUCUUGUUCAACCUUCCUAGUUUGUCUGCUUCUUGUUGAAGUGGUGUAAUGUAUUCAUAUUUGAAACAAUUCGUAAGGUCUAAUUUGCAGAGUAUUUGCUCAUAACUCAUAAGGUUCGUGGCUUCCUCUUGUGUGUUGGUUGAGUGGUGCAAUUACAGAUUUAUAUAACCGACUUCAGGGUGACAGUAAUAGUUCUGAUUUAUGCAUUUACUAGUUGCUACUGGGAUUUGGUUUGUACUCUGUAGAGCAGUGGCUACAAGAUUCAGGUGCGCUUAUUACUAUUAUUUGAUAUCAUUAUUAUUGUUAUUAUUAGUAUUAUUAUUAUUACCCCCUCGUCCCAAAAAGCAUUACCUAAUUUGACUUUCACAGUGUUGAAGAAAAGUAAAAAGUGUAUAGUUAGAAUUUGUUUGAUUAGAGAGAUAUCUUUUGAGCCACAUGCUCAUUACUUUAAAAGGAAAUAAUGUGGGAAGCAUUUUCUGCAAUGAUGUCCAAAAAAGGAGAGUGAGAAAUGUAUGUUUGGGACGGAUAGGGUAUUACUCCGUAUUUAUUGGAAACAACUAGGUCUUUUCAUUAGUCAUUACUCUUGGGGGGUGUUUGUUUUUUCUGCAGGAAAAGGUCUGCAGUCUGCGGACCACUACUGUAGACAUCUGCAAGAGAAGUGGUGGACCGAAGGUCUGUGGUCUGCAAGAAGAAGACUGUUUGUUUUUUAAUGUCUGUAGAUUGCUAUAUAAAUUAAUGGUAGUAGU